UCUCUUCAGUACCACUGCAGGCUUCAUAGUGACUGGCUGGUGGGUGACACAGUCCUGGGCAGAGAGCUGGUGUAAGGAAGGGAGGGGGUGAAUAAAGCAGAUCUCAGCUUCUGUAUUUCACAGCCUGCGUGAUAUUAACCACUUCGAAUUUUACCUUCUUCCUAAGCACGAGCUUCAUCUGAAUUAAAACAAAGAGCAUUAUGCUGCAGUGCCAGGCAACAGAAGUUCCUGCCUGAUCUGUGUGUUUGCUCCUGUGUCCCCUUCCUGGUGCACCAUCUGGAUUAAAAGGUGAUAUUUCUUUGACCUCUGAUAUUAACAGAGCUUACUAAAAGAAGUAGACAGUUGCCAGGUCUUUUGGUGGACAAGGAAGUAUGACCGACAAUAGGCAGGAUGAGCCCAAGGCCACCCACUGGGCACCUGGGCAGCUUAGUGAGGCCUCACCUCUCCCACAUGCCACAGAUAUGAAGGAACAAGGGGGAGCAGGGGAGGGACUGGUCCACAGCUCCAAUGGAAUUCCUUUCCGAGAGGCUGAGGAAAGAGCAUAUGGGGAACGGGAUCUGCAGGCCUCUCAUUCCACUGGUAAAGAGAAUGGCAUCAAUGGAGAAAUGCCAUCAGCAGACUCAGAAACUGCAGAGGAGGUAUCUGCACGAAUAGUCCAAGUAGUAACUGCUGAUGCUGUAGCGGUCCUGAGAGGUGAACAGGAGAAGGAAGCCCAGCUCAGAGGCCCGCCAGGAGAUCUUCCUUUAGCUGUUGAAGAUACAACCAACCUCCCUCCUUCUCCUCCACCAUCUCCAGCUUCGGAACAGAUGGGUACAGUGGAGGAAGAAGAGAGAGUUAAGGGACCUAUUCAUGAGGAGGAAGAAGAGACAAAUCAGGGCGCAGAAGGCAGUGAGACCUCAGUCUUGGGACUCAGAGAGAACCAAGCAGAUUCAGGCUGUGAUGUCAAAAAACAACAUGAAGACAGUGUUGUAGAUGAAACAUCUGAUGACAAAAGCAUAUCAAAAAGCACUACAGAAUCAACAACUGUGGUAUUGCCUUCCUUACCAGAGGAAGAUCUGCUUACAGCCUCGAAGAUGGGAGCACAAGAAACAUCAGAAUCUACUCCUUUCUGUGUUGAAGCCAUACAUACUGCUGAAGAUGCAUCACCAACUAAAACUAGGAAAGAUAUAAAGCAAAACACUCUGGAUCUGCAUGCACCUGAGAUUGAAGAUAAGAGACUGCCUUCACUACCUUUAGAGGAAAUUACAAGUGGGCAGAUAGGAUUUGAACCCCACCACGUUCAUACUUUCUCUAUUGAGCCAUGUACCCCAACAUCACCUAAUGUCCCCAAACAUAACUUGUAUGAAAUACCAGAUGACAGCUCAACACUGGAGUGGAGUACAGCGCAAGAUACAAGCAAAGAUUCAUUUAUGAGAGGCAAAGAGGACUUUUCAGCUGUUGCAAAAAAUAUAGAAGCUGACAUUCCAGUAUCUACUGUAGCUUCAAAAAGUGAAAUCCCUUCUAUGCCACUAGAUAAAGAUGAGGGUCAGUAUAUUGAAGAUGAGUUUUCCUUACAUUCGUCGUUGCCUGUUACAGAUUCAGUUUUGAAAGAUAAUUCAAACAUAGCUAAGACAGAGGUGUCUAGUAUUACCUCAACCAAGGACAGUACCAUGGAUAUAUACAAAAGUGUAAAUGUUCUUUCAGAUGAGCAAGAAGUGAUUUCUGAAAAGACUAGUUCGGAAGAAAUACCUUCAGCAUUGGUUUCAAGUGAUCUAAGCAGUAAAGCUUGUCAUCCAGAAGCGAAAGAUGAUGAAGAUGUUAAGUCAGAUGUUCUUAAAUCCCAUCCAACAGAUGCCAUAGCAGUUCCACCAAAACAGGAUAAAACAGAUACUUCCACAUCUAGUGACAAUGCAGAGCAAAACAAAGAUACAUUAACUAAAGAAUCUGACAAAACAUCAUUGGGCAGUGGAAUGGAGGGUACAAUAAGCCCAAAGGAAUCUGCCAAAGUAGAUGAGGAGCUUGUUACAGAUAGUUUUAAUGUGACUUAUGAUUCAGCAAGUAAAAGUUGUGAAGUCCCAUCAGAAGCUCCUGGUAUGAAAGGUGAAAUGUCUGAGCUCCCUCUUGAAAAGUUAAUGUCUCAACUGAAAGAUGAAAAGGACAGUGAAGAACAAAAAUCUCCUGUAGCUGAGGAUAAAUCAGGAAUGUCCACAUAUUUUGAAACAUCUGCUUUAAAGGAGGAAAUCGAAAGAGAUAUUCAGCAAAGCAGUGAUUAUUAUGAACUUACUGAUGUCAAAGAACCAGAAUAUGAGGCUUGCUCUAUCCCUCACAUAGCUAAAGAUGAGGAAGAUGAAGAGAACGAUGACUUAGAGCAAGCGAUUGAAGAGAAGGUCAGUACUCCUGCUCAUGAAGUAGGCUACAGCACCCUCACUUCUGUAAAGCUACAAGCAAGCAUUUUACCAGGGGAUCGGUUGUUCACUAUAGAUCCAAAUAUCUAUGCAGAUAAAUCAGAGUUCCUAAGUAAAAACAAGGAUGAUCUAACACUCAGUCGCAGUUUAGGACUUGGAGGAAGAUCAGCCAUUGAACAAAGAAGCAUGUCCAUAAAUCUGCCUAUGUCCUGCCUUGAUUCCAUAGCACUGGGAUUUAGCUAUGCUCGUGCGCAUGAUCUUUCUCCCCUAGCUACAGAUAUUUUGUCUAACACAAGUGGGAGCAUGGAUGAGGGGGAUGAACCUGAGUUACCUGCCACAACACCAGCUCUAGAAAAAACUAUUUCUUUCCCAGAAGAGCAAGAGCAGGAGCAGGAAGAAGAGGAGGAGGAGGAAAACAAUGAUGCAGAGAAAUCCACAGAAAAGGAAACAUUUGAGUUAGAACCACUAUGUGAGUCAGAUUAUCAGGCUAAAGAAUAUUACAAAAAUGGUACCAUCAUGGCACCUGACUUGCCUGAAAUGCUAGAUUUAACUGGAUCACGAUCCAGGCUAGAUUCAGCUAAUGCAGAUUCUGAGGCAACAAGAAGAAAAUCUGGACCUUCUGAAAUUGUUAUUGAUGAAAGUUUUGUACUUCAGUCAACUGAAAUUGCGGGAAGUAGCCUUUUGGUAAAGACAGAUAGUCAGCAAGAAGAAUUGGGCUACUGUGUUUUCAAUAAGUACACUGUUCCAUUGCCUUCCCCUGUACAAGACAGUGAGAGUCUUGGUGGAGGGAUGUCUACCCUUUAUGAAGGCCUUGCUGUAGAUCCUUUCAUUAUUGAGGUUAAACUGGCAGCUGCUGAAAAGUUUGUAAUAGAGGGACAAGAUAUAUCCAGUGAAGAAGUUUGUUGGGAGUCAGAGUUGGAGAAGAAAGUCAGUGAGAUUAAGCUUGACACACUUGUAGAAAAAAGCGAGGAGCAAAGUGAUGUAAAAGAGGUAUCUGAAAACACAGAUAACCUUUUAAAAGAAAAUGUAGGGAGUCCAGAAGAAGAAUUUUCCAUAGCACAGUUUGACAAAAAAUCAGUAGAAGAAUCAGGAGAACAGUUUCCACAAGAAACUGAAGAAAGCAAAGUCUCCCUUGCAGAUAUAGCUGGGACAGAAACAGAGGAACCAUCUGAAAAAGCAAAGGUUUCUGCUGAAGAGUCACAAAGUAUUCUUGAGACUUCAGAACUAAUUGAAGAUAUGUCACAUCUCAAGAAUGAGAUUCAAGAAAAAAUUGGCAUAGCAGAGCAAGAUAAUGCAAUAGAACUUGAUUCUAGUUUGGUCAAAGAUGUCAAAGAAACAGCUGAUGAUGAAGAGUUUGCAGUUUCUAAAGAUGGGACAAAGCUUCUUGAAAGUGACUUGAAAGAGAAGGGUGCAAAGCCUGACUUGGUGCAUCAAGAAGCAAUGGAUAAGGAAGAAUCCUAUGAAUCUAGUGGUGAACAUGAGCAGUCUCAGGAACCAGCAGGGGACGUGUCUAAGGAUACAUCUCUUGUAAGUACAGAUGUGCAGAAGAAAGACAAAGAAGAUACAGCACCAGAACCCCAAGGGGAACUUACCCAAACAGUCAUUUAUUCUAAGGAUGAUCUUAAACAAGAGGAGGCAGAUGAAAUGCAAAUUAUUCAAGAUGAGCAAGUGGUAGAGGUCAGUGUUGAGAAGGAAAUACCAAAGGAACAUGAGACACAAAAGCAAUUAGAUGAGGAAUAUGAUGAAGAGAAAGAGGAGACUGAUGAAACAGAAGAAGGAGACAUUGAGACAACAUCAGAUGCUCCAGAACAAGAAAUAGAAGCAAAGAUACCUGAUGAAGAACCAGCUGUAGGUUUCACAGAUGAUGUAGCAGGAGUAAUUGAGUCUGUAGUCACAGUUGAUGAGGACUUCAUUCAAGUAGUACAGACUGCUGUAGAUGAUAGUGAAAUUAUGGCUCAUAGUGUGCAUUUUGCAACUUCAGCACCUGUAGAGAGUGAAGAAAAACUUGAACUGGAUGAAGACAUUGAAGAAGUAAAGGACGAACCAAGAGAAGGCUCACCUUGUGCACCAGCCUCACCACAGAAAGAGGACACACAGUUUACAGACUACAAGACAGAGACACAGGAUGAUUAUAGAGAUGAAACAACCAUUGACGAUUCAGUGUUAGACACAGACAGCAUCUGGGUGGAUACACAAGAUGAUGACAGGAGCAUUAUGACUGAAGCAAUAGAAGCCAUCCCUAAGGAGGACAAGGCAGAAAGGGAGUUGCAGAGGACGUACAUCGACAAACAUAGAAAGGAAAAACCUUUAAAAUCUGGGCGUGCUCGAAUUUCUACUCCUGAGAGGAAAAUGGCUAAAAGGGAACCAAGUGCAACCUGCAGAGAUGAAGUGAGAAGGAAAAAAGCAGUACUUAAGAAAGCUGAAACCACUAAAAAAGCAGAUGUUCAGCCCCACUCCCCUUCAAGGAAAAUAAUUUUAAAACCCGCUGUCAGACAGUCUAGACCCACUCAUCAGUCCUGCGUGCGGAGGAAGCCGGCAGGGGGAGAAUCACAACAGACCCCCAGUGCCCACCGACAACCUAGAGACCGAGUUAUGGAUGGGGUUUCCAGAAGCCCAGAAAAACGAUCAUCCUUGCCAAGACCUUCCUCUAUUCAUCCAAUCAGGAAAGUGUAUGCAGACAAAGAAGACAACUCCUUAUCUACCAGCACAUCUGUCUCCUCCUCAGUGCGACGCACCACAAGGUCUGAGCCUAUCUGGAGUCGAACAGGAAAGAGUGGCACCUCAACGCCAACAACACCAGGAUCUACUGCUAUUACGCCUGGGACACCACCCAGUUAUGCCUCUAGAACUCCUGGCACUCCAGGCACACCCAGUUACUCACGCACGCCACGUACACCUGGAACACCCAAAUCUGCCAUGUUGUACUCUGAAAAGAAAGUGGCCAUGCUUCGCACUCCUCCAAAAUCUCCAGCAACGCCAAAACAAAUUCGAAUUUUUCACCAACCUCUGCCAGACCUAAAGAAUAUUAGGUCCAAAAUCGGUUCAACAGACAACAUGAAAUACCAGCCGAAGGGUGGUCAGGUUAAAAUAUUAAAUGAGAAGAUUGAUUAUAGUGAUGUUCAGUCUCGUUGUGGUUCCAAGGAUAACAUCAGUCAUAAUGCAGGGGGAGGACAAGUCCAGAUUGUAAGCAAGAAGAUAAACCUUAGCCAUGUUACAUCCAAAUGUGGGUCACUGAAGAAUAUACGCCACAAGCCAGGUGGUGGACAUGUGAGGAUUGAAAGCGUAAAACUUGACUUCAAGGAGAAAGCGCAUGCUAAAAUUGGCUCUUUAGAUAAUGCCCAUCAUACGCCAGGGGGAGGCAACAUCAAGAUUGACAGCCAGAAGCUGCAUUUCAGAGAGCAAGCAAAAGCCCGCGUAGACCACGGAGCUGAAAUCGUCAGCCAAUCCCCAGGCCGUUCAAGUGCUGCCUCUCCUCGACGUCUUAGCAAUGUGUCCUCUUCUGGAAGCAUCAAUCUCUUAGAAUCUCCACAGCUUGCUACUUUAGCAGAAGAUGUCACUGCAGCCCUGGCGAAACAGGGCUUAUGAAUGUUCCACUUUAGCAGUGAAUGAAAUUAAAUAAUUAUAAGAAUAUUAUGAAUAUUAAUGAUUAUAUUUAAAGCAUGAGCUCUUGGCAGGAUUUGGGCUCAGAGCAGGUGUCAUCCAUUUCUUACCAGAUCCCUAUAAAAAAUAAACCAAACACUAAACCUAAAUAAUUGUAGGGUUUUUACAUGAUAUUCAUAAUGAUCUCUCAUAUGCUACUCACAGAGUAGAGUUCCUGGCAAAAUAAUUAAAGGUAUUUUCACAGUAGUUUAUCAUCAGUAAUUGGAAGAAUAGCAAGCUUGGAAGACAAUAUUAGGAGAAUCCCAAAGCAUAACCUAAAUCACUGCUCUUGACUAUACUUGCAUGGAGCCCUACAUUUCUUGUUGUAAGUUCAACAUGUGCCUGCCAACCAUCUGAACAAAGUUUGCAUAAGAGCCAUGUAUAGUCAGAAAGGCUGCUCAUCUCCCUGUUCAGUUUGAUACUGGUCCAGCUCUUGCACCAUUGAAACAGUCCCAGUAGGAAAAUGAUCCUAUUAAUGCUUUCUGCUUUUGAGGCUGAGAGGAGAAUAGGUACACAGACACACACACGUUCAAAUAAAGAUGGCCGUUUCACUGUGGUGAAAAAGGUACCACCAACAUGGAAAAUGUGCAUCAAAGGAAAUAGGGAGCCAGUGUUGUAAGGGGAGACACUGCCAACAUAAAAGCACUUGUUUUAAGACUGGAAACUAUAUAUAUUAGGUAGCCUCUUGGCUGCUCAAAAGGCCUGUGCUGCGUUUCAAGGCAAUAAAGUGCAAGCCCUUUCAAGCAGAAGAGCUCAUCAAAAAUAACAAUUAGCUUUGUGCAUAGGCAAACAUUUCCACCAAUUUUUUUCCUUCCUGUUUGAUACAGUAUUAUUAUUAUAGAUGUAUAUAUAGUUCUCUGUGGCCAUAUUUUCAUUCACUCUCCCAAACCUUUCAUAAACUUGAAACCUUUCAUUUCUUACUCACAGUAUCUGUGUCUGUUGCACCAUUUGGUAAAGCAAUUUUAGGUAGGCAUAAUUUAAUGUUAGGAAGCUUCUCUUUUUUCCUAUGUAAAAAUGAACAAAAAAAAAACCUACAAAAAUAUAUAUACGUAUAAAAAAAAAAGAAAAAAAGUAAAAACUAAAACAGAAAAAAUCGCAGAGCUCUUUAGCAUGAAAUUGCUUUAUGGGGUGCUGGGGAGCGUUGGCUGUCUUGGUUCAACUUCUUUGCUAGGAUAGUACAAAAACAAAGUGACUUUGCUUUCCUCGAGCGCCUCAUUUUUAAAGGGCUGCAGUGUGAGUCAAUUCUGGAUUUCACCCCUAUAAUUUGUCUUAUUCCUUAUUCCCUCUAAGAGAGAAUCACAAACAAGGCUGUGCCUGUUUUAUGUUCCCCAUUUGUUAAAGCUGAAAUUGCAUCAAGAUUGCACUUUUGUAAGCAGGUUGACAUAUUAGUAUUAGGGGAGAGUGAUUACAAGACUUGUUUGUAAAAGUUUUAGGCUCUGGAAUAAUUUAGAGUAAGUAGUAGCCAAGUUUCAGCUGUAUUACAUUGUAUCAAACUGUGGACAGUUUUGCAUCUAUAUCAGUGAAUGUUUGAUUGUACUCUUUAUGUCAAAGUAGCUUGCCUCUUAAUGGGUAGCAGGCUUUCCGCACCAGAACUGGUCUGAGUUAAUGUUCUGCAAAUGCCUCUUAAGUUUAUCAAAGGAUUCAUAGAUUCAGCGAGGGGACAUAUGCUGUGUCAUUUCAGUUUUUCUAACCAGUAUAUUGCUAAAGGUUUAGAUGGCAUUUUUAAAAAGCUGCACUUCCUCAGUGAACAGACUGAGCUUGCAUGCCAACCCACAUUACUGGCAUAUUUAGUGUCAUAUAACAUAUCAGUAUCUCUGGUCUGUGGCUUUGCAACUGUUGCUACACAGUUCCCAGCAAUAAAAAAGGUAUAACUGACAGAUUAGGCUUGUCGGGCAGAGAGACAGAGCCACACCCUUUAUAGUGAUUGAUUUCCCAUUUAUGACCAUACCAGUGUGUUUGAGCAGAGCAGAUGUGAGGUACAUUCAACUCUGCACAAAGAGGGCAGGAGCAUAUGUUAUAUUAGAGACCAAGACUUUUUAGCCUAUGAAAAUGGCCUGUUAAAAAGUUUUUUAGUAUGAAGGUGCCUUGAAAGUAGACCAUUUAUAUUAGCAUAUAUCAGUAGAAGCCACCAACAGGCAACGUUUCAUAUUCCUUUUUGUCACAUCCUGAUCAGAUCAAUAAAAGUGUCUGGUACCAGUUUGAACUAGAGCAGAAAUAUAGCCCUAGUGACUAUAAGUCACUGAAAUUCAGAAUAGAUAAUACUAAAUUGUAAUUGGUACAAUAGUAAAUUUUGUUGAAGGGCCAUUUAAAACAGGACCUUGCAGGAACCAAAUGCCUAGAACCACACAUCAUUAAUCACUGCAAUAGCCUGAGGUGCUUGCACUUUCUCACACUGUCAUCAAAUAUAUAUCAAUAUAUAUAUUUAUAUGCACUGCAGAUACAUCGAUACAUCACAGUAUUGCCCACAAAUAGGCAAAUUAAUUAUCAGAGACAUAUAAUGUGCAUCCAGUUUCUAUCUUUUAAUAUUAAUUUACAGAGGGAGCAUAGCCUUCAUUAAUGGGCAAGCAUUGGUUAUGUUAGUGAAGGAACAACUAGUCUCCUUUUGUCUAUACAGAAACCUAGUUAUAAAAUGCAAGCACCUGGCCAAGUUUGAAGAAUGUUGUUCCUUCUUAAUCUGAAUGGAAGAAUAUUCCCAUCUAUAUACUUGUGUUGCUAAGAGCAAGGUACCCAGCAACAACUUUAUCGAGCAAAGUGGCUAUUUUAUCCAGCAUAGAGAGAACAAAAUGAUUUUCCACUCCACUUUAAUAUCCUUAUGAAUUACAACUAUGCUUUGCUUCUGUACUUCUACUAUCCAGUGCAGUUAAUCGCCCAUAUUUCCUAAGCAUUUUAGGUUAUAUAUAUAUAUAUAGAUGGCAUUUACACAUCAACAGAAUAUAGAAGCAGUGGAGUUAAUUCAAGUAGGUUCUAGGUGAAAUGGCCCUUUGCACCCAACGCUUAUUCAAGUGAGGAUCUCCUGGCGCAAAGUCAGAUACCAACCCUUCUGUUUUACUGUAAAAAUACAAUGCUAGUUGCUACAGUGUUCUAACUACAUAUGCAUGAAGGCAAACGUGCAGCACAGGAGCAAAUCGGCUGCAGUAUAUCAUAGUGAAUACAUUUUUGAUUGAUAUGUAUAUUUUGAGAGUUUUGCUCUAGAGCUGCCUUUUUUACAUUGUGAUCUAUCACUCCUCAUUAAGUAAAAAAUGCUGACCAUGGCAAUUUUGAUAUUGGUGGCAAUCAUUUACAGUAUAUUUAAUGCACUGGCUAAGCAGCAGGGUCAUCGGUGGCUGUGCCGUUUCUCAUUGUAAGAUAACGAUAAAUGCACAUCAUUUACUAAAACAUUUUUGGACAGUGUUCAUUUAAGGGUAAACAAUUGCCCCUUAUAGUGUUUAAAUACAUUCAGCCCAGCUUCACUGUGUACCAAUUCUGCUUAUAAUUGCAAUACAAUAAAGUAAAUAUUUUUAUUUUA